AUGGUGGAAGAACAAAAAAGAUGUGUUAUGUCUUGUAAUGAUAGAAUUAGAGACAAAAUAGGAGCUAAUGCGAAUGAAUCUGAAAUAGCUAGGUACACGAAAGAAUUUGAAAGUUGUGCAGAGAAAUGUGUUGACUCUCAUUUAGAUUUAGUACCUGCAACGUUAAAAAAAAUUAAAGAAAUAUUGAAUAAAAAAGAAUUUCAAGUUCCUAAUUAUUGA